AUGCUUCGAGCGACUAGCCGCAGAGUUGCAGCCACAGGAUUGGCGUCCUCAUGCCUGCCGAGGAGCUCCAGAGUCGCUGCUGCAGCCGCGCCCACAUGUAGAGCGGCCGCCUUCACCCCGCAGCUUGCCUCUCGCCAGCCUCUUUCUUCCUUGCAACAACGAGGAUUCCGCACAACCACCUUCAGAAUGGCUUCUACCCGCACCGAGAGCGACGCCUUUGGCGAGAUCCAGGUCCCCGGCGACAAGUACUGGGGCGCCCAGACCGAGCGAUCCCUCGAGAACUUCCGCAUCAACCAGCCCCAGGAUCGCAUGCCGCCGCCCAUUGUCAAGGCUUUCGGUAUCCUCAAGGGCGCUGCCGCCACCGUCAACAUACGAUAUGGCCUGGAUGCCAAGAUUGGUCAAGCCAUCCAGCAGGCCGCCAAGGAGGUUGCCGAUGGCAAGCUCAUGGACCACUUUCCCCUCGUCGUCUGGCAGACCGGCUCCGGCACCCAGUCCAACAUGAACGCCAACGAAGUCAUCUCAAACCGUGCCAUUGAGAUCCUCGGCGGCAAGAUGGGCAGCAAAUCACCCGUCCACCCCAACGACCACGUCAACCGCAGCGCUUCGUCCAACGAUACCUUCCCGACCGUCAUGCACAUUGCCGCUGUCCUCGACCUUGAGGGCGAGCUCCUCCCCGCCAUGCGCAGCCUCCGCGCUGCCCUGCAGGCCAAGGUCGACGACUUUGAGGCCAAGAAGAUCAUCAAGAUUGGCCGCACCCACUUGCAGGAUGCCACUCCUCUCACCCUCGCCCAGGAGUUUUCCGGCUACGUCGCGCAGCUCGACUUCGGCAUCAAGCGCGUCGAAGGCUCUCUUCCCGACCUCCGUCUCCUGGCGCAGGGCGGUACCGCUGUCGGCACCGGCAUCAACACCUUCAAGGGCUUCGCCGAGGCCAUUGCUGAAGAGGUCUCGAAGAUGACCGGCACCGAGUUCAAAACGGCCCCCAACAAGUUCGAGGCGCUUGCCGCCCACGAUGCCAUUGUUCAGGCCCACGGCAGCCUCAACACCCUCGCUGGCUCUCUCACCAAGAUUGCCCAGGAUAUCCGCUACCUUGGCAGCGGUCCCCGCUGCGGUCUCGGCGAGCUCAUCCUGCCCGAGAACGAGCCCGGUAGCAGCAUCAUGCCUGGCAAGGUCAACCCUACCCAGUGCGAGGCCCUCACCAUGGUCUGCGCCCAGGUGAUGGGUAACAACGUUGCGACCACCAUCGGUGGCAUGAACGGCCAGUUUGAGCUCAACGUUUACAAGCCUCUGAUCAUCCGCAACCUUCUCCACAGCUCUCGCAUUCUAGCCGACGGCAUGCGCUCUUUCGAGAAGAACCUUGUCGCUGGUCUCCAGGCCAACGAGGAGAAGAUUGCCAGCAUCAUGAAGGAGUCUCUCAUGCUGGUCACUUGCCUCAACCCCAAGAUUGGCUACGACAUGGCCAGCAAGGUUUCCAAGAACGCCCACAAGAAGGGCCUCACUCUCAAGGAGAGUGCCAUGGAGCUCAAGGCUCUCACCUCGGAGGAGUUUGACACGCUGGUCAAGCCCGAGCUCAUGGUUGUCCCCAGCGAGUACAAACUAUAG